ACGGCACAGACAAACAGCCAGCGAGCGACGGUAUUGACGGCAUCGCGGUAGUGGUCGUGUUGUUGUUUUUUUGAUUUGAUGUUUUCUUCAUGGUUUGUUCUCUCUCUCUCCCCAUCUGUGGCAAACGAACGAAUGAAUCGACAAACAAAAGAGAAGCGAAAUCGGUUAGUGAGUGAAUUCAGUUUAACGUUUCCUGUCUUUGCGUGUGGUUGGCUAAACGAAACGAUAAAACAAAAGAAACGGAUAAACGACGUCUCGUAUUGAAAUUUUGUAUCCUCCGAUUACAAAAACAAACAAAAAAGAUACCCAUAACAAAAUAAAUUCAAUACAAUUUGUUGUGUUUUUAUUAAUAACCCUUAAAAUAGAAAAAAAUUAAAAUAACUAAAAUAGCCGGUGACGGAAUUAAACAAAAAUAAAAAAAUAUCGAAAUAUUUUGAAAAAAGUGUGGCAAUACGAAAAAUCGAAAAAAGUAUUUAGAAAAAAAUUCAACGAAUUGAAAAUUGUUUACAAAAGAGCAUCAGAAAAAUUUUGCAAAAGAAAGAGAAUUAUUUGAAAAAUUCCUACCCAUUGUAUUUUCUCAUUUUAUUGUUACAAAAAUUUAAAGAAAAAUUGUUUAAAGUGCAAUAAUUUAAUUUUAUUUGUUUUCUGCGAAAUUAUUAAUUACAACAUCUAUGAAAGUUGGAUAACAUCGAAUUUAAUCAAAGAAUUAAGUUUUGCAAAAAUAAAAUUGGAAAUCAAAACAAAAACCAACCGAUUAUGUUUUGAAAUUGUGUAGAACGGAGUUUUUUCUGAAAAUCUCAACAAGUUACAAUACUUUUCAACAUCAACAUGCUACAACAUCCCGCCACUGAUUUCUACGACUUGGCUGCAGCGAAUGCUGCGGUCUUGAGUUCACGUCAAACUCCUCCCUACAGUCCCACGGGUCUAACGGUGGCGGGUUUGAAUAACAACAACACCAGUACCAGCAACAAUAAUUUGGAUAUGCUAUCCCACAAUGGUAGCCUAACGAAUAGCACGACUGGUAGUGGAGGUGUUGGCGGUGGUGGUGGCGGCGGCAGUACAGCCCAUUUGCUGGCUAGCCAAAAUAGUAGUACAAAUGGUGGCGCCACCAACGGCGGCGCUAACGGUCGUGAAUCUCUGCCCAGUUUCGGUUUCACCCAGGAACAAGUGGCAUGUGUUUGUGAGGUGUUACAGCAAGCUGGUAAUAUUGAAAGACUGGGCCGUUUUCUAUGGUCAUUGCCACAAUGUGAUAAACUGCAAUUAAAUGAAUCUGUGCUAAAAGCCAAGGCCGUUGUUGCAUUCCAUCGCGGUCAAUACAAAGAAUUGUACCGAUUGUUAGAGCAUCACCAGUUCUCACCUCAUAAUCAUUCGAAAUUACAGAAUUUGUGGCUAAAAGCUCAUUAUGUGGAAGCCGAAAAACUGCGUGGAAGACCAUUAGGUGCUGUGGGUAAAUAUCGUGUUCGCCGUAAAUUUCCACUGCCUCGCACAAUCUGGGAUGGCGAAGAAACAAGUUACUGUUUUAAGGAAAAAUCUCGUUCAGUGCUGCGAGAUUGGUAUACGCACAAUCCAUAUCCAUCGCCGCGAGAGAAACGUGAACUAGCCGAGGCCACAGGACUGACAACAACACAGGUUUCCAAUUGGUUUAAAAAUCGACGACAAAGAGAUCGAGCUGCCGAACACAAAGAUGGCAAUUCUGACAAACAGCAUUUGGACUCAUCAAGUGAUUCAGAAAUGGAAGGUGCUCUCAUGCAACAAAGUCAUGGCGGUGGUCCCAGUUCUGCCAACAGUAAUCCGAACAGUAGCAAUCAUCAUACGACGACACAACAUCACCAGCAUCCACAUCAUCACCAGCAAACGCAGCAGCAGCAGCAGCAACAGCAGCAACACUCAGCACAACAGUUAUCACCCAAUCAAACGCUUAGUAGUCAUCACACCGCCCAUCAUCAUCACCAGCAGCAGCAGCAACAACAACAUCACCAGCAGCAGCAACAACAGCAAUCACAUACCCUGGCCACAUCACAUGUCACGGCUGCUGAUCAUGCGCUCAGUGCCCAAUUGAUUGGUAGCCCUGCACUGUCAGCCGCUGCUGCUGCGGCUGCAGCCGUUGGUUCUGGUAAAAGUUCCGCUAAUGUAGCCAGCCAAAUGGCUCCGCUGCCUGCUGCCGUUGCAUAUUCUCAUUUACACAAUGUCAUGAGCUCCAUGCCCAUCUACGAUAUGAGCGAAUAUCAACAUUUAUGAUUUUAGUUAGACGCCAUUUGUACGGGCAAUAGUGAAUGGUUAAUGGCGCCCAAAGUGGCAAGUGAAACGAUACAUCAGGGUCAGGUGACAGCAGAGUCGACAACAACAACAUCGGCGGCGGCGUCGGCGGUGGCAACAUACUCGUCAACAAUGGCAUAUAGAGAUCAUCACCACCAACAACAACACCAGCAGCAACAAAGUUUUUAUUUUUGAAAUUCCUUAAUCUUCCAAUUUGUUGUAGAUUAUUUCCAAUCAAAAUUGAAUAGUAUGACAGUUGUAUAACAGUUUAGAUAAAAUUAGAUCAUAGAUGAGAUGAGGAAGUUGUGAGGGGAUUUUUAAAAUUUGAAAUUCUGGGUAUUGUCAUCAGCUCCAGGAGUCUCUGUGUUAGAUUCCUAAAAAUUAAAUAUCUAGCAGCUAUUAAUAAUUCGGACUGUCUUGCCACAAUUUCGGCAGUGAUACGAACCCUGUCUACGCCAUUAGUGUGAUUCUUUAAUUAGAUAACAUCAGAAUUAACGACAACUAUCGAUGACAGCAAUUUUCCAUUUGCUUAUAAUUUCGAUAAUUAACGAAUUUUUUCGAUAAUUUGCCGACGAAAAGAAAGUAGUAGAUUUUCAACAUUUACAUGACCAUUUUACGUUUAAAGACAACCGAUUUCUGUCGAUAACGUCAAAAAAAUAGAGAAGCUAACUGACUGAUAUUGAGUUUGUUCUGAAACUUCCUAUUGUGAUUUCAAAUUCAAAACAAAAAAAAAUCGAAAUCAGUAUGGUCUAAAAAUUACAUAUUUCGUCUGUUCCAGAACUGCAAGAAUAUAAAAGUUUUCACAACGAUAGACGAUUUUCCCUUUAUGAUAUCGGAAAAAUAGCAAAACUAGCAGGUUCUGGAAUAGAGCAAUUUAUUCUCAAAAGUAGUUUUUUUUUUGUCCGACCCUGUAUUGACUUUGAUCCCUCAACAUUGAAGAAACUCCCUAACAACAUUCUCAUCAAACAAACAUCUUCAAAAUUUUAGUUCAACGAAUCUCUGCCUACAAUAAAAACAGAAAAA